AUGGGUGUUUAUUCGAUGGGUGUUUAUUCGAAUGAUCUACAACAGGUGCAAGAGAAAGUAGAUUCUUGCCAUGUACCCUCUGAACUUGGGCGUAUUCCUUCAAAGAUUGCGAAGAUGUUUGCGGGGUUUACUGCUGAGCAGUGGAAAAACUGGGUGACUGUUUUUUCGUUAUUCGCUCUUUUCCAGCAUCUUCCCGAAAGAGAGUAUCGUUGUUGGGCGCAUUUUGUCAAUGCAUGCAACCUCCUUUGCACCACAUUGAUAAAGAUUCCAGAUGUAGGCAUCGCACAUGAUCAUCUCAUACAGUUUUGUAAAGAAUUUGAGAAAAUUUAUGGCAAGGAUCGUGUGACACCAAACAUGCAUCUCCACAUGCAUUUGGCAGAUUGUGUGUUGGACUAUGGACCUGUGUACAGCUUCUGGCUUUUCAGCUUCGAAAGGUACAACGGAAUUUUGGGCAAAUACCACACAAACAACAAGUCUGUGGAGUUGCAAAUGAUGCGCAAGUUCACAAGAGAUCAGGACUUGGACGACCUAGAAUUCCCGCGCGAAUACAGUGAUCAACUGCAGCCACUGAUUUCGAAAGUCCGAGGAAGCACUAAGACCCAGGCACCCAGUAUCGAUUGCAAGAAGAUAUUGAGUCUUUUAAAGUUAAGCGAAGGCAACAUUGAUAUAGCAAACGAACUUUGGUAUUCUGUUGACUGUUUUUCAUUUGGACCUCCUCAUGUUAUUGGUUGCUUGGACGACGACGAUUUGCGAUACCUCACAGAAGUGUAUCGAUUGUUCUUUCCAGAUGCUUUAGAUAUAACAAUUCCACGUUUAUACGAUCAGUAUGCAUCACUAGAAUGCGCAGGUGAAAGAUUUGGCUCCCGGUUUUCAAGACUAAACCGAUGUUCGUUUGUUCUCGCUAAAUGGGCAGGUCCAUUUGAUGGGGAGGUUGACAUGCAGUCGACAGAUAUUCGUCCUGGUGUCGUCAUGCAUUUUGUAAAGCAGUCUGUGUCCGUCGACGGCAAGCGGUACGUGUUUUCCUUUGCAAGAGUUGACUGGUAUCAUCGUCAUCCUGACAGAUUCCUCUGCGGUCCUGAAGAUCCAUUUCCUGAGGUUUGGUGUGCCAAUCAAUUUGAUACCUUGGGUGCAGCAUCAUUUAUGCCUGUCCAGCGCAUACUAGGUAAAUUUGUCCCUGGUUAUGACAGAGUGAACGAUGAAAAUGUUAUGUUUGUAAUGCCUCUAGCGGAGAAAUUCAAGAUGUAG